AUGCUCGAUGCGAGCAACGGGAUCGCAACGGAAGCGACGAUGUGGAAGAAGCUGUCCGACUUUAUCGAGAAGUCCUCAUCCUCUGGCCUCCAGGGCACCAUUGUCACUCGACUGUUCUUCACGAUCUCGGCCUCGCGAUGUAUUCUCACUUCAAAAUAUUCCGCAAAGAUGAAUAUCUCUCAGCGGUAUUACUUGUCGACUUGGCCUAUGCCUUACACGCCGUUGCAGAGCGAUCACAUGUGGUGGGAGACUUCUACCAGCCGAUUUCGCUAUAUCGCAGAGCACUCGAAGCUCAAGAUCUUCCUGGUACACAUCGAUCACUAUCUGAACGAAGCCAUGUCUAUCCAUCAACAGCUUACUGGUGCAUCCACACACGUACCUCCGAGACGCCGUGACCAACUUGAAACCCUGAAGAAAGUAAUAGAUCCUCACCUCCGAGCUCAAGACGAAGAAGUCCCGGACAAUGACAACUUCGAACGUACAAUGCUCCCUCAUCUCUCACGCAUGGCCUCAGGGCUGCCUGUAUCUUCAGAAGUGUCCACUCUGGCUAGUCGUGCCUCCCCCCAAACACGGAAUCCUCUCCAUCCUACACGAAAUCACAAGUUCAGUGUUGGGGCCGUUCAGCGGUUGCUCUCGGAAAGAGAGAGGGAAGAAGAACUAAGGUGGAUUCCAACAUUGAAGAUGGCGGAAAAGGAGAAGCACGACGAAGCAGCGGGUGAGGUGAAUGGCGAGAAGGGUCUUGUAAGGAGCAAUCUUGAGGGUACGCCGAUUUCGGCGCAAAUAGCAGCGAAGACGUCGAAGAGUAAGGCUAUGAUACGACGAUGGAAGACGUUCUGGCGUAUCAGAAAAUAG